AGGCAGAGGUGACGCUUUCAGCGCAGUUAUUUUGUAUUCGCGGCGUUAUUGUGUAGCUCUUUAACUUUUUCCGCUUGUUCUUGUGUCUUUUUGUGCUGAGACAUGUCCGGCCGGGGCAAGCAGGGCGGGAAGGCGCGCGCCAAGGCCAAGUCGCGCUCGUCGCGGGCCGGGCUGCAGUUCCCCGUGGGCCGCGUGCACCGGCUGCUGCGCAAGGGCAACUACGCGGAGCGCGUGGGCGCCGGCGCCCCGGUGUACCUGGCGGCCGUGCUGGAGUACCUGACGGCCGAGAUCCUGGAGCUGGCGGGCAACGCGGCCCGCGACAACAAGAAGACGCGCAUCAUCCCCCGCCACCUGCAGCUCGCCAUCCGCAACGACGAGGAGCUCAACAAGCUGCUGGGCAAGGUGACGAUCGCGCAGGGCGGCGUGCUGCCCAACAUCCAGGCCGUGCUGCUGCCCAAGAAGACCGACAGCCACAAAGCUAAAGCCAAGUAAAACUUAACUGACUGUCAAUCCAAAGGCUCUUUUCAGAGCCACCCACAUCUUCAUAGAAAGAGCAGGAACGCUUGAGCCUAGAAAUAUAUCCUAUUUGAUAUUUAGAGACUUAAAAUUUUGAAGGCGGUUUUGUGCUGUAUAUAAUGUUAUGUAUCUUUAAGUUCUAUUUCGCUAAUCUGGUUUUCUGCCUUCACGUUAAAAAUCAAUGUGCUUAUGUAAGCGUGUGUCAGCUUCCCUUUUUGUGAACGAAUCAAUAAAAGGUAGCGGUUACGGCUGAU